AUGUCCUGCUACGUGCCCUUCUCAGGAAGGGGGGAGUGUGAUCUCACUCCUGUACUGGCCACCGCCACUGUCAGUCAUCACACUGAGUUCACUUCCCUCGAGAGUUUGGAUAAAUUCAGGUCAGAGCUGCAGGGAGACCUGACCAGUGCAUCUCCAUGGCUGCCACACUGGCUGUCAGACACAGGAAAACCAGAACUCGUGAACACCGUCUGUGCCAUCACUGCCACCCAGAAGACCAUGUACGGCCCCUCUGGGCAGCUGUGGUGUGAUGGCCGUGGGGGCCCUGCUCCUAAUGGCACUGCCAAGGCUGUGGGCAAGGUCAUCCAGGGGCUGAAUGGGAAGUUCACAGUGGUCUUCCGUGUCUCCACCCCCAACAUGUUGGUCAUGGAUCAAACCUGCCAUCUAGGGAAAGCAGCUCAAAAUGACAUCAAGAAGGUGGUGAAGCAAACAUCAGAGGUCCCCCUAAAGAGCACCUUGGGCUACACUGAGAACCAGGAUGGCUCCUGCAACUUUAACAGUGACACCCACUCUGCCAACUUCAGUGCCGGGGUUGGCAUUGCCCUCAAUGACUGCUUUGUCAAGCUCACUUCCUGGUAUGACAAUGAAUUUGGCUACAGCAACAGAGUGGUAGGACCUAUAGUCCGUGUGGCCUCUGAGGAGUAA